AUGGAUACGAACGAUGCACCUCCUCCUGCUUUGCCCGCGUCUACCGCUGCCACUCCUGACCACGUAGCAAUCGCACCAAGUGCAACAAUACCGCAAUUAUCUGAUGAACCUGAAAAUUAUGUUAUGGCUGCCAACGGCCUCGAGAGUAGCGAGGACGACAGCGAUAACGACGACCAUCGGGGUCGCAAGCGGCGUCGGUUGCGACGUCGUGACGCGCCUUCUUCGCCACGUUCACAUCAGUUGAUAAACGGUGUUUAUGAAGAAAACGAAGCUGAUGAGGAUGAAUUUGUGGCGCGAGACGAGACACAAACGUACGCUGACGGCAAUGAGGAGCAGGUGGAGGAGGAGGUUGAAGACGAGAUUGUGGACGAGCUGGACAUUGAAGAGAGAGAGAAAGCGUACUUUAGUGAAGACGAUAUCAACGACGAGGAGGAUGGAGAAGAUUUGGUGGAAAGUGCAGAGCUGGAUUAUCGGCGCAUGGAGACACUCGAUCGAUAUGAUACGAGUAUGCUGGAUACGAAGCAAUAUGGGGAAAUGGAUAUCGAUACAAGGAGGGCAGUAGAGGACGAGCUGAAUCGACGCGAUGCACGAGAAGGACGCAUAGCUCAGGUGUUUGCAGACGAUCAGAAGAUGGAACAUGACGACGCUCACAGACGACGUGUGCGACGUUUACAUGAAGGAGAAGAGGGUUAUGACGAGAUGGGUGGCGUUGCCGAUGAUGAAGAGCUGAUGAAUUUAGAACACUUUGACGUGCCGCUAAGAGAGUGGAUCGCCACAGAACGACCGCGAGCAGAAAUCAAGCGGCGGUUUCGGAAUUUUCUCAAUACGUUUGCAGACGCCAAGGGCAGGUUGGUCUAUCAUGAAAAGAUUGUGCAACUUGCGCAGCGCAACGAGCAGUCACUGGAAAUCGAGAUUGGCGAUGUGAUUCAAAGUAUGUCGAUGGUGGCAGCGUGGUUGGUGGAAGCUCCGAAGGAUAUGUUGGUGAUAUUAGAUGAGGUCGCUCUAGAAGUCGUGCUGGCGCUGUUUCCGUACUACUCCACGAUUCACCAGCAGAUCUAUGUGCGCAUUCUGGAUCUUCCUGGUACUGAGCGAUUGCGGGACCUGCGUACUGCGCAUCUGAACUUCCUCAUCAAGGUAUCAGGUGUCGUGACUAGACGUACGUCAGUGUUCCCGCAGCUCCAGCUUGUCAAAGUCAAUUGUCCAGGCUGUGGUGCCGUCCUAGGCCCAUUUACACAACAAGGCCAGCAGGAAGUCAAGCUAAAUGCUUGUCCGGAGUGCCAGUAUCGAGGCCACUUUCCUGUUAACAGUGAACAGACAGUGUAUCGUAACUUCCAGAAACUAACGUUGCAGGAAUCACCGGGUAGUGUGCCGCCUGGUCGUGUGCCGCGCUCGAAGGACGUGGUUUUGGUUGGUGAUCUUAUCGACAAGGCUAGGCCAGGUGAUGAGAUCGCUGUUACUGGUAUUUACGUCAACACACCCGACCCUACGCUAAACUUGAGAGACGGAUUUCCAGUAUUUCGCACUGUCAUCGAGGCAAACCAUGUUGAGCGGCGUGCUGAUGUGCUUGGUAGCCAGCUGCUCACAGCGGAAGACAAGAAACAGAUUUUGCGUCUUGGUAAACAACCAGACAUUGCUCAGCGAAUUAUCAACAGUAUAGCGCCGUCCAUUUACGGUCACCAGCAAGUAAAGACCGCGUUAGCUCUGGCGCUUUUUGGUGGAAAGCCCAAAUUCAUAAAGAACUCACGCGUGCGUGGCGACUUGAAUGUACUAAUGGUGGGAGAUCCUGGUACGGCCAAAUCGCAAUUUUUGAAGUUUGCGAAGCAAACUGCACCGCGUGCCGUUUAUUCUACCGGCAAAGGUGCCUCUGCGGUGGGUUUAACAGCAGGUGUGUCGCGUGACCCUUUUACGAAGGAGUGGGUUCUGCAAGGUGGCGCUUUAGUGUUGGCAGACAACGGCGUCUGUCUGAUUGAUGAGUUCGACAAGAUGAAUGAACAGGAUCGUACGAGCAUUCACGAGGCGAUGGAGCAGCAGAGUAUAUCUGUGUCUAAGGCCGGCAUUGUUACUUCUCUGCAGGCACGGUGUUCUGUUAUUGCUGCCGCUAAUCCCAUUGGCGGCCGCUAUAACGCUGCUCGAACCUUUGCAGAGAACGUGGAGCUCACGGAUCCCAUCCUGCAGCGCUUUGACCUGCUUUGCGUUUUGCAAGACAAGGUCGAUCCCGUUGACGACGAGCGACUUGCCGAUUUUGUAGUUUCCAGUCACAUGCGCAGCAAUCCGAAAAAGAAAGCUGACGAAGAACAUGAGAAAGGAGCUGAUCAAGAAGAUGAAUUGAGCGCGAUGACGCAGUCCUUGCGAUUCGGAGACGAUAGUGCGAGUAUGACGCUCGACCAGGAGCUGUUACGGAAGUACAUGUUGUACGCACGUACUUUUGUCAAUCCUGUACUCGCUAGCGGACUAGACACGGGUAAAGUGGAGGCAUUUUACGUACAACUUCGGAGAGCUUCGCAGCAUACAGGUGCAGUACCUGUCGCUGUUCGUCACUUGGAGUCACUGUUUCGUAUGGCCGAGGCGCAUGCCCGAAUGCACCUUCGCGAUAGCGUAGGGGACGAAGACCUUGCGCUGGCCAUUCGAGUGCUGACUGAAAGCUUGUGCGAUGCUCAAAAGUUCACCUUUAAACGUCAAUGGCGACGCCUAUUUCGGCCGUACCUGACGUACCGUCAGGACAACAACGUGCUGCUGCUCCACGUGCUCCACGAACUGUUUCAAUCUGCGCAUGCGUAUGAGCAAUUGCGUGUGCAAACUAAAGCACAAUCAAGCCGUCGUGGUCACAAGGAGACGACGCUUACCGUCCUGCGUGAUGAUUUGCUUUCGAAGGCCAAGUCUGUCGGUAUCUACGAUCUCAGUGAGUUUUACGAGUCGGCAGCGUUUACCAAGGCAGGCUUUCGCAUCGAUGUCUCGACCAACACUAUUGUCAAGGACAUACAAUAG